AUGCCUUACAAGAUCAACCACAAGCCAUGGCGGGAUGUCUCAGCGGCCAUGCUCGAGCACCGCAAGCAGACCAUUGCCGCAGUAGAGCCCGCAGUACCGGGUGUAGCUGACAGCCUUCCGCUCAAUGUCACUAGUAUACCAAGGCAGCUCCUCCCGUCCGAAGUCAUCGAGAUCACAGAGUCGCCGUCUGAGCUACUUAUCUCCCGUCUCUCCACCGGCAAGCUCAGCAGCACUGCAGUCGUCACAGCCUUCCUCCAGCGUGCCGGACUGGCAAGCAAGCUCACCAACUGCGUCGCCGAACUCCUACCCGAACGAGCUCUAACCCGCGCCAAGUACCUAGACGACUACCUAUCCAAGCACAGACAGACCAUCGGACCUCUCCACGGUCUCCCCAUCAGCGUCAAAGAACACGUCGAAAUGGCCGGCCUUGACAUCAACGCCGGCUUCGCCGCAUGGGUCGGCAACGUCGCCACCUCCGACGCCCUUAUCCUCAAACUUCUCUGGAACGCAGGUUGUGUCUUCUACGCCCGCACCACCGAGCCUCAAGCACUCAUGCAUCUGGAGACCGACAAUGCCAUCUACGGGACUACAACGAACCCCUUCAACACGAACCUGACCGCCGGCGGCAGCAGUGGCGGCGAAGGAGCACUACUCGGCUUACGAGGGAGUUGUCUCGGUAUUGGAACUGACAUCGGCGGCUCCAUCCGCAGUCCCGCCGCCAAUAACGGUGUAUUCGGGCUCAGGCCAACAAGCUAUCGUCUACCAUUAAGCGGACUCGCAGCGACCAUGCUGGGUGCAGAGCACAUCGUCCCCGUCAUCGGCCCGCUUAGCACAAGUCUAGAAGGAAUAAACCUCUUCAUGAAAGCCCUCAUCGACCAACAACCCUGGCUCUACGAACCAUCGCUUGUCCCGCUGCCAUGGAAAGACACAACGGAAGACUCUCUGCUCCGAAAGGAUGGAACCGGCAACCGCAAACUCCGCAUUGGCGUGCUUUCUGACGACGGCGUCGUAAAACCCCACCCACCCAUCCUGCGCGGCAUACAAACCCUCGUCUCCGCUUUGCAAAGCCACCCGGAUAUCGAAAUCAUCCCCUUCCCACCCUACAAGCACGCCGAAGCGUGGCGGAUAAUCAGUUCCCUCUACUUCGCCGACGGCGGGGCGGAGGAGAAAGCCGCCAUCAACGCAUCAGGGGAGGCAAUACUGCCGCUGACGGAGUUUAUACUAACCCAAAACCCAAAUGUCAAGGAAUUGUCCGUCCAUGAAGUCUGGAAGUUGACGCAAGAGAGGGAGGGGUAUAAGGCGGCGUAUACGCGGCAUUGGAAUAGCGACCAAAUGGUAGACGUCAUCCUAACCCCAGCAGGACCCGGCUGCGCCCCUCCGCACGACUGUGCGCGAUACUGGGGUUACACUUCUCAAUGGAACUUAUUGGAUUAUCCUUCCUUAGUAUUCCCGACGGGAUUGCAGGCGGGGUUGGAGGAUAAGGUUGAGGAGGGGUAUAAGCCGAGGAAUGAGGAGGAUGGGUAUAAUUAUGAGUUGUAUAAACCCGAGACUUAUGUUGAUGCGCCUAUUUCGCUGCAGUUGGUAGGACGGCGGUAUGAGGAUGAGAAAGUUGUUGAGGCUCUUCGGAUGAUUUCGGAGAUUGCUGGACUGCCACUCAAGAAUUGA